AUGUCCGACGAAAUAGAACUUUCCGUGGAGGAAACCAAUAAACUUCGAGCCCAGAUCGGUCUCCCGCUUUUACCCGUUGAAAAACCGCCUCUGCUUGGAAAACCAGCCCUGUCUUCCAAACAAGAGCUCUCCAUAGAAGAAACCAAUAAGCUCCGAGCAUCUCUAGGUCUCCGUCCAAUUGUUGUUGAGGAGACAUCCAAGGAGGUUAAAGAAGAUGUUAAGAAAGUCAAGGAACCCUCAAAACCUACCCUGAAAGAGUAUUCAGUGGAUACAUCAGGGAAGCUAUUCUAUAAUGAUGCUGGCUCAGACUGGCUAGAUAAGGUUGGAAAGGCAAAGAAAGAGAAGAGGGAGGAGGCUGUUGCUGCUGAAGAGGAUGCCUCGGUGAAUGGCUUAUCGGUUGGACAUAGUGCUCAGGCUUUGGCUGAAGUGCAAGAAGGUGAUAUAUUCACCCUAGAAGACCAGAAUGUGUUGAAUGAAGAGGAUAAUGAACGGAUUGUUAAUGAGAAGCUCUCAAAGAGUGAAAAGCUACGACAUGAAGAAGCGGAGAAACGGAAAUUGGCAACUUUGAAGUUUGGUAUACGGUUUGAGGAGGAUGAAGAAGAGGAACCGGCCGAGUUUGCCCAGGUUUCUGGCUCAACUAUCCUUUUAGACCAGACAAAGAAGGUUGAGGAGGUGCCUAAGUCGGGAACUACAAAAGCAGCUGCGUUGUUUGAUGAUCUAGAUGAGCCUAAGCCAGCUGCUGCCAAGUUCAAGAAGAAGUCUAAGAAGAGUAAGAGACUGUCGAAGAAACGAGAACUUGCUAAUGACGAGGAACUUGAAGUUCACCAGCCGAUGGUUACUGAAAGUCUCAAGUUUGACGAGGAAGAAGAUGGAGACGACGGUAUUCAGCAAGUGCUAGCGAAGAACCGUGAAAAACAGCAGAAGAAACGAAAGCUUCUUACCCCAGAACAACUAGCACAAGAAAUACAGCUGCAUCAAAGGAUUGAUAUGAGAGAAAAGACUGGUGGUAUUGUUUUUGACGAUACUUCAGAGUUUUUGAACUCCAUUGGGCAGAAGGAAGAGAAAGAAGAGAAGGCGCUGGCCUCUGAAGAAGAGAAGGAGGAUGCUGUUGAGGCAGCUGAUGGGGAACCGGCAGAAGAGAAGCUGGAGGAGACGAAACCUGAUGAGGUUGACCAAAAAGAAUCAACCAGCUCAUCAACACCUAAAUUUGGUAGUAUGGCAGCAACGCUCAGUUACCUUCGUGGGAACAAUAUGGUUGAUUCGGAGCUGAUCAAGCAGAAAGAAGCACGUAAGCAGCAAGAACAGAGAGUCAAGGAAGCCGAACUUCUACGGAUAUCCAUCUCCAUUGAAGAGAGAACAGUGAAGCAAGAACUCGCCCUGGACCAAUCUUACACAAGACUUUCCAAAGAAGAGCAAGACGCUACAUUCGACAGAAUCUUAAACGAACGUUUAGUUUCCAAAGGACUUGUGGAGCUACCCAAAGAUCGUUACGCUUCCCGCAAGCCACAAGAUAGACUUUCCACAUACAACCCAGAUGUGCAGCUUCGAUACAAAGACGAACAAGGCAACGAGCUUGACCAAAAGCAAGCUUUCAAGCAGCUUUCACAUAAGUACCACGGCACAGCUCCCAAGCAUAAAAAGAAGAAGGUCGGUCACAAAUCAGAGGCAGAGCAUGUGGUGUAA